AUGGCGUCCACCACCGCGUGCGCCACGCCCUGGGCCCAGCCGCGCUCCACCCGGCUGCGCGCGCCGCGCGCCGUCACGGCCGGGCGUGCUGCGCCCUCCGCCCGGCCGCAGAAGGAGCACAGCAGGGGCGACAGCAGACCACCAGUGGCCGGGAGCGCAUGUCGUGGCCGGACCCGCCAUGGCCGCCAGGAUUCGGCGGAGCUCGAGGGGGCUCCAGAUCCGGUGGAGCUCGAGGGCCCGCCAUGGCGCGCGGCAGAGCUCGAGGAAAGCACGCCACCUGCACGCGCAGCUCGCCGCGCGCAUGCGUCCGCCCCGGCCGCGUGCCGCUCACCGCGCGUCGCAGCCGUCGCGGACGCACGCACCCCGCCUGCACGCACCCCGUGCAUGCGGUCACCAGGGAGAGGGAUGGCGCGGGAGGAGGGCCGGCCUCGCGUGUGUGUUCGUGCCGUCGCCGGCCUCGCGCCGCCCCACCGUGCCCCGCCAUCCGCCGGCCUGGGGAGCUCCACGCCCGCCGACGUGCGCCGGCCGUGCAGGCCGGCCCCGCCGCCGCUGCGUCGGCCGUACGGGCCGCCGCGAGGAAGGAUCUGGCCGCCGUCAUGGGAGAGGGGUCGGGGGAGCAGAGGGACGCCGUGCCGUGCUCGAGGAGGAGCAGAGGGCUGCCACCACCGGUGA